AGGCAUUGACAGUUAGACGUCGGAUUCACGCAGUGCAUUCGGAGUUGAAGCUGGUCGUGGAAUCGCGUGAUGUUGAAAAGGUUGAGGCCAUGAUCGCCGAGUGCAGGAACUUGGGCUUACCUGAGCAGGAUUUCCUUGACGCCUGCAAAUUGAAGCAAAUUAUGGAUGAGAUGCUCGUCCAAUUGCGGGCUUGUGUUGGGAGCCAAGAUGUGCCCGAAAUGGAUCGACAGAUAAAAGUUUGCGAAGAUUUUGGAAUCGUCUCGCAUGAGAUCCAUUCUGCAAAGGUUCAAAAGUUGAAAAUCCAGGAGCUGCUUCAGCAGCUUCAAGCUUCUGUGUCGCGGCAAGAUUUGGCUGCUUUGAGGACAGUGCUCAAGGAUUGCAAAGAAUCUAACCUGCGGCAGGAAUACAUGGAAGAGGCCUUAGAUUUGAAGGCCCACAUGGAGGCCCUGCUGGCACAAGUGAAUGCUGCGAAGGAUAGUAGGGAUUUGGGCCGAAUUCGCCGAGCGCUUGCUGCGUGCGAAGAAUGCAGGGUUUCCCCAGCUUUCCUUGCAGAUGCAACGCGGGUGCAAGCAGAGCUUGAAAACUUGUUUGGGAAGUUGCAAGAAGGUGUGUCUGCCCGAAACUUGAAUCUCUUGAAUCCAGCGAUUGGAGCAUGUAGAGAUUACGGGGUUCCUGACAUGCUUUUGCAAGAAGCUUUGAGCCUUCGGGACAGCAUCCACGAGAUCCUUUCUAAGAUCCAGGUCGCAGCAGAUUCGAGAGAUAUAAGCCUUCUCAGCGGUGCCCUUCUUGAGUUUCAACGUGCUGGCUUGCCUCCUUUGCCUGAAGUCGACGCAGCUCAAACCCUAAAGACGAAGAUUGAGGAAAUGCUGGCGCGGCUGAGUGUUGCUGUGCAGUUGCUUGACAUUCGGGUUCUGAAGGCUGCCAUUGCUGAAUGCGAAGCGGCGGGUCUUCCAGAACAUGAUCUGAAUGAGGCUUUUCUUGCCAAGUCGGGAAUCGAACGCAUGCUGGCAACUUUGAAUUUCUCCAUCGACUGCCAAGAUACGGCAGGAAUCUCAGCAGCCAUCAAGGAGUGCCCAAUAGAUUUGCUCCGCGCAACGGUCGAAGAAUGCCGUGCAGCCAACGUUCUUCAAGUUACAAUUGACGAGGCUUUGCAGUCAAGAGCCUUGGGUAUGACUGAUGCUGAUCGCCGGAUGAUCAUGGGUUUUGGCAAAGAUGAUGAGAAGAGGGCUUCUUACAACAAAGCUGUUGCGUUGCUACACGAAUCUAUCCAAAGUGGCCGGAGUGUGCCACCUGAAUUUGAGGAGUUGAUGAAUGAACUCAUCGUCAACCAUGUAAUGUAGUAGCCUCAAUGUGAAGCCCGUUGGCCGCAUGCGCACGCAUGCGACCUGAGAUGUUGAGCGCAUUUCACCUGUUGCGCAACCAGCGUCAAACAAUUGAGUGCUUCGGGCGAGGAACAGGCGGAGAGAU